GACGGUACGCCUCAUUACCUCAACAACCUGGACUGCUGUGGCUCACUGAUGACUUCUCAUUUCAUCACAGUCGGUGCAUGAAGACUGGAUUUAAAGCAGCUUUGGACGAAUAAACCAGGACAGCUUGUAGAACAAACACACACUCCUACAUGGAGAUUGAAAGCAUGGUAGCAAACAGUGCUCUUGUUAAAGCCAGAGAAGGUGGAGGGAAAGGCAGAAGCUGGAAGUGGAAAGAAAUGCUUCGCUUUCCACAAAUCAAUCAGUGUGUGGACCUGGCCAUGAACAUAGAGCGAGAUUACUACAGUCUGUGUGUGAAGCAGCCGAUCGGAAAGAAACUGUUCCAGCUUUUCUGUCAGAGUCAGCCUGAUCUGCAGAAGUACAUCUCCCUGCAGGACGCUUUGGAAGCUUUUGAGACAAAGUCAGAUGAGGAAAGGCGAGAGUUUGGCAUGAGCAUCAUUCAGAAAUUCCUCAGGAGUCAGUCCGGUCAGUGUGUGUCCACCAUGGUGAUGCAUGAAGAGAGCUGCCUCCAGAAUCUGGAGCUCGAUCCUUGCGGGGACGUUUUUCAAGACUGCACAGAAGACCUGCAUAAACACCUCCAAGGCAAGCCCUUCAUGCUGUACCAGGAGAGCAUGUUCUUUGACCGUUUCCUCCAGUGGAAGAUGUUGGAGAGGCAGCCCAUCACCAAGCACACAUUUCGACAGUACAGACUGCUGGGGAAAGGAGGCUUCGGAGAGGUGUGGGCUUGUCAGGUGCGAGCCACAGGAAUGAUGUACGCCUGCAAAAAGCUGGACAAGACUCACGUGAAGAAGAGGAGAGGAGAAGGCAUGGCUCUUAACGAGAAACAGAUACUGGAAGGGCUGGACAGUCGAUUUGUGGUGAAUCUGGCGUACGCCUACGAGACCAAGCACGCUCUCUGCAUGGUUCUGACCAUGAUGAGCGGCGGGGACUUGAGGUUUCAUAUUUAUAACAUCGGAGUUCCCGGCCUGGACAAAGACAGAGUGCAGUUCUACGCCGCAGAAGUCUGCUGUGGUUUAAUUCACCUCCAUGAGAAGUCCAUAUUAUAUCGGGAUCUAAAACCAGAAAACAUUCUGUUGGACGACAACGGACAUAUCCGCAUCUCUGACCUGGGCCUGGCUGUGAGGCUUUCUGAUGGGAGUCUGGUGCGAGGCCGAGUGGGCACGCUGGGGUACAUGGCUCCUGAGGUGAUCAGCCACAAACACUACGGGCUGAGCGCCGACUGGUGGGGCCUCGGCUGCCUGAUUUACGAAAUGACCGCCGGGCAGCCUCCUUUCCGAGCCCGAGGAGAACAUCCCAAAUCCCACGAGAUGGAGAGAAGGAUUCAGACGGAACAGGAAGAAUACGGUGACAAGUUCAGCAAGGAGGUGAAAGACCUCUGUGCGCUGCUGUUGACCAAAGACCCAAACCAGAGGUUGGGCUGCCAGAGUUCAGGAGGGAGAGGCGUACAGUCGCAUCCUUUCUUCCAGAAAAUCAACUUCAGGAUGCUGGAGGCGGGAGUCGUCGAGGCGCCAUUUAAACCCGAUCCCAGGCUGGUGUACUGCAGCGACGUGCAGGACAUCGAAGAGUUCUCUACAGUGAAGGGGGUCACUCUGGACCAGAAGGACGACGACUUCUACUCCAAGUUCAACACGGGCAGCGUUCCAGUCAACUGGCAAAACGAGGUGAUCGAUACAGGAUGUUUCAAGGAGCUGAACACUUUUGGCCCGGCGGGAUCUCGGUCUCCAGAUCUGGUCUGGUCGCAGACCCCCGAGAGCCCCAAACGCAGCCUGCUGCACCGAAUCUUCCGCAGACACCACCAAUCAGAAUCAGACGAAAGCAGGCAGAGUUUGGUGUCCACCGAGACCUACAUGAAGUCCGGACUGCUCAGCACGACCCUGUGAGGACCGUCACAGCACAGAGACGACAAACCAGAGAGCAGAUCUGCUUCAACCCCAGCAAAGCAUUUGUUUUAUUUGUGCUGUCAUGUAUAAUAUUUGCUGUUCUGUCCAUCACGCAACAUUUAUUUCCAUCAAUUUUUAAACGUUUUGUUCGACAUUAUGUGACUAACUUUUUUUUGCUUUUUGUUAAGUACUUGAAUUUUUGAUACAAAUACUUCUGAAACUGCAACGGUUACAAAGUUU